AUGUGUGGAAAUUUGGGGGAAGACUACGAGGACGAGGACGACUGCGACAGACCAAGAUGGAAGAGCUUUCCUGAACUUGAAGGGAGUGAGAUCCGCUCGCUCUGCUCGUGUGGUCAGAAUGUGGGAGUCAUCACGGAAGCUGGCGACAUCUUCACCUGGGGAGCCAACAACUUUGGUCAGGUCGGAAUCGCUCCCGAGGACGAGGACGAAGCAGCCCACGUCUGCUCUCCCUGUAAGCUUCCUCAGCUCCGCUCUGGUCUCCUCCGCAACGGACCGCCCAGGCAGCCGGCACAGCUUGCCGUCGGCCGGGGUCACAUGGCGUGCGUGACAACGACGGGGGAGCUGUUCACUUGGGGGUGUAACGACCAUGGGCAGCUGGGGAGAGACUCGAGCUACAAGUCUACACGUCAAAGAGACCAGAACGCGUUCUCUGCCGCGCCGGGGCAUGCUCUCGACGCCUCCUAUCGGGCUACCCAGGUAGCCUGCGGGAGCGAUUGGACGUGUGUGGUUCUCGAGGAGGAAGGAGUGUUUCAUGCACAGACAGGCAGGAGUAUGCUGCUCUCCUUCGGGAGGAACGACAAGGGUCAGUGCGGGCAUGGGCACAGCAGUCAGCGAGCAGACAUGGCCUUCGUCAAGCUCAGUGGCGUCGUCCGGACCCUCGCAUGCGGCGAAGGCCACACGAUCUGUGUGUGCUGGGGCGACGAGGUCUAUGCAUGGGGAGCGAACGAGUGCGGUCAGCUGGGGAUCGGGAUCCAAGGGGGGGAGCAUGGUCACCUGGCGGGUCUUGUGAGCGCGUCGGGAAUAGGAGAGGAUUGGAUCGCAGAGCCGUGCAGGGUCGAGAGUCUUUGCGGCAGGCGAUGCGUCAUGGUGGCUGCUGGGCUCUUCCACUCUGCUGCCUUGGUGAGCUCCCGCGUGACUUGA